CUACGGCUGCGGCGACGGCUCCGGCGGCGGCUUCCGCGGCGGCGGCGGCCGGGGGCGGGAGGAAGGAGACCCUGGCUUCCCCGGAGGCCCGGCUGGGGCAGCCGCGAGGGGCCUGGGGGGAAGCUGGCUUUGGCCCCGCCUGGGGCAGGAUGGUGAAUCUGGAACCCAUGCACCCAGAUAUCAAGAUGAGUGGGGAUGUAGCAGAUUCUACAGUUGCUCGAAGUGCUCUCAGCCAGGUGGAGACAGGAAAUGAUCGAAACGGCUUAGAUUUCAACAGGCAGAUUAAAACCGAGGACCUCAGUGACUCCCUGCAGCAGACCCUCUCUCAUCGGCCAUGCCACCUGAGUCAAGGACCUGCCAUGAUACCUGGAAACCAAAUGUCUGGGGACAUGGCUUCCCUCCACCCGCUCCAGCAGCUUGUGCUGGUUCCCGGACACCUCCAGUCUGUCUCCCAGUUCCUGCUAUCUCAGUCCCAGCCUGGGCAGCAAGGUCUGCAGUCAAAUCUUCUCUCCUUUCCACAGCAGCAAAGCUCUCUCCUCCUCCCACAGACGGGGCUUGGCCUGGCGUCCCAGGCAGUUGGGUGCCCUGGGGUGCCAGGAUCCUCUUUAGAACCGCAUCUGGAAGCAUCCCAGCAUCUCCCAGUCCCCAAGCAUCUCCCCAGCUCUGGAGGAGCCGAUGAGCCCAGUGACCUGGAGGAGCUGGAGAAGUUUGCCAAGACCUUCAAGCAGAGACGCAUUAAGCUGGGCUUCACACAGGGAGACGUGGGUCUGGCGAUGGGAAAGCUGUAUGGCAACGACUUCAGCCAGACUACCAUCUCCAGAUUUGAGGCUCUAAAUCUGAGCUUCAAGAACAUGUGCAAGCUCAAGCCACUGCUGGAGAAGUGGCUGAAUGAUGCAGAAUCCUCUCCAUCAGACCCCUCCGUGAGCACCCCCAGCUCUUACCCCACCCUCAGUGAAGUGUUCGGGAGGAAGAGGAAGAAGCGGACCAGCAUCGAGACCAGCAUCCGCCUGACUCUGGAGAAGAGAUUUCAAGAUAACCCCAAACCCAGCUCAGAGGAGAUCUCCAUGAUCGCAGAGCAGUUGUCCAUGGAGAAGGAGGUGGUGAGGGUCUGGUUCUGCAACCGCCGUCAAAAGGAGAAGCGAAUCAACUGCCCUGUGGCCACACCCAUCAAAUCACCCACGUACAGUUCCCGGCUGGUGUCUCCCUCUGGGUCUCUGGGGCCCCUCUCUGUCCCUCCUGUCCACAGCAGCAUGCCUGGAACAGUAACGUCAUCCUGCCCCUCUGGGAACAACAGCAGGCCUUCGUCUCCUGGCCCAGGACUCCACGCCAGCAGCCCUACUGCAUCUCAAAAUAACUCCAAAGCGGCUGUGAACUCCUCCACCAGUUUUAACUCUUCAGGGUGAGGCAGAGGGGCGAGCCCAGAGAUACCUCAGCGGGGCCGAGGGACAUAUCUUGGUACCGAUGGAAUCAUCCCACCUACCUCCACUGAGACCAAAAAAGUUACUCCUAUGCCACCUGGCCCUGUAUUCCCCACUGGAAGGAAGGGAGUCACGCCUUCUCUGUAUGGACAGAUUACUUUCAGGACAGUAGAAGAGAAUCUCCACUAUCAAUGAACCCAAACUCUUGCCUUGUUCAGGAGCAAGGGCCUCUGGAGAUCCAAACUGCGACCGAACCAUGUGCUGGCUCCCUAGCGCUCUUGAAACGCACAGCCCGCCUAGGAGUUGACCAUUUUUACCUUCCUUGCCUGUGCCCUUCUCCUCUCGUUCCAAAUAUGUCAGGUGGCUUCACUGCGACAGUGGUCUUUCAGAAAGGACCUCUUGGGCUUCCCUGGUGGCGCAGUGGUUGAGAGUCCGCCUGCUGAUGCAGGGGACACGGGUUUGUGUCCCGGUCCGGGAAGAUCCCACAUGCUGCAGAGAGGCUGGGCCCAUGAGCCAUGGCUGCUGAGCCUGCGCGUCCGGAGCCUGUGCUUCGCGACCGGAGAGGCCACAACAGUGAGAGGCCCGCGUACCGCAAAAAAAAAAAAAAAAAAAAGGACCUCUUGUCAUUAUUCUCCAGCUCAUCUCCAGCUCAUUCUGGGCACAGCCAUUUGCCUGGUGCCAAACCACCAGAGGGGUGAGAAGGUUUUGACUCUGAACUUAGCCACAAUCUCCGAACUGAUUCUAGAAUCUAUGAAAAGAUUUGAAUCUGAUGUCUCCACCAAAGCUCUGAUGUCUUCUCUGUUCAGCAAAGCCUUCUGACUGAGUCUUCACGUCACCCUAUUUUCUCUUUAGCCCCGCCCCUUUUCCAGAACCACAUCCAUUCAUGAUUGCGUUCUCCGAAUUCCCUCCUCUUUACAGAACGCUGAGCCACACUCAGCCCCCUGGGCACAUGCUCUGCCCACAGGUGUUCUUCUGUCUGCUCCGUCUGCCCCAGAGUUCAGAAACGCUUAUUCUUUCUCUCCUUUCCUGUAUUUCUCCUUAUCUCGUCCUCUCUCCCUUCUCCUGGUGCAGAAGGAAGAACACAAAAGCACACACGCAACAAUUAUGCUGGUAAAUACCUGUGUAUAGCCCUUUCCUUUUUUUGCAUUAUGUUCUUCUCUCUUUAGUGUGGAAUUUUCCAGCAAAAUAUUUAACUCAGGUAUGAAUUUUGAAGAUCUCUGUAAUAUUUUAUCUUCUUUAACAAAAAAGAAAGAAAAAGAAAGGAAAAACAAUACCAAAGUGUGAAAUACCGUGCUAGCUUCCACAAGAGUUCCCACGUGGGCUGGGAAUCCUUGUUGAUUUCUGCAGGAACAUUCUUUCUCGAGUCUCCUUCUUUGUGGACCAGUGUGUAAACAUGUAACAUGAAGCCAUUCCAGAAAUGGUAACUUUUUUUUUUUUUAGAGACGGCAUGUCCAAGAAAAUGAUGAGAUUCAAAGGAAUCUCUCUGUUCCUAAAUAAAUUUGUAUGGUGAUGAUAUACAGUAUUCCACUGUUGGCAAGAAGAGGUUUAGAUUAUUCUGGGUCUUUUUUUGUGCAGGACAUGUGAGUGCGUGUAAUGAAACGGGAUGGAGAAAGGGUUUCACGUUGGUGGAUUAAGUCUGUGACUCCCUGAACUGAUGCUAAAGAUGAUAUACAUUAAUACAGGACUCCAAAGAGUUCAGAGUUUCUACUCUUUUUGACAGAAGAGCCUUGAGGAUAGAGUAGGUGAGAGAUUGGCUUCCUCAUUUUGUAAGUGGGAGAAUGGAAAAUGUUUAAGGUCAAGUCAUUUGUAGACUUUAAGAGGGGAAGACUGAGGCUAAUAGUUCAUAUCUCAGGAUGUCCUGAAGGUCAAUUAUUCAUUAUUUGCAAUGGAAAGUGAUAGAUAUUUGAGACAAGGGAUAAUUCAAAAGUCAAAUCUAUUUGGCUUUGGAAUG